AUGAUGUUUGGUAGUCAGAAGGCUGGAUUUACUUCCUACGUAUUCAAAUGGAAACGGCAAGGCGAAUCAUCAUUAUCGACUGGAUUGAUUGAUGACACUUCUCCUGAAAUAGAAUUAUCUGAUUAUCGAAGGCUACCAGGUUCUGGUAGUGAGAGUCCAUCUGGACUCCUUAAUGGUGAAGGGUUAACAUCUGAGCCAAUUGCUGAUUUAGAUCUAUUCUUUUGGAGGGUGUACAAUUAUUACUGUGAGAAAGGACUUUGGUGCAUUAUUGUCAAGUGGGUUGUUGAGCUCUUGAGUUUGGGGUUUACAUUGUGUUUCUCUGGUUUCUUCCUACUCUUUGUUGAUUGGCAUGGGCUUCGCAAUGCUAAGUGCGGGAUGGAUGCUGUUGAGUCAGGAAUUAAGCCCUGUGACCUGGCAAAGGAGGCUCUUCAUACUCAUCCCUUAGCUCCCUUUACAGUCACGAAAGGGAUCAUUGUUGGCUACUUGGCAUUGUUAGCUUUCUAUCUUUUAUUCUGCUUCGUGAGAUUCUUUGUACAGUUGAAAGACACAUUGGAAGCUCGUAAAUUCUACACUAAUAGGUAAGGAUUGAGAAUACCAAUGGAUACAUGGCUAGGUUUUAAGGACAAAUUGCACAUGAUCUAAAAGUAUGUCUUUUUUUGUAGCCUUUGUAUUACUGAUCGUGAAGUCCAGACCAUAUCCUGGUCUGCAGUUUUAGAUAAGGUUGUUCAAGUACAAAAAUCUCAGAAGCUCUGCGUUGUAAAAGAUCUGUCUGCACAUGAGAUUGUGAUGCGAAUAAUGCGCAAAGAGAACUACUUAAUUGGGAUGAUCAAUAAAGGUGUUCUCUCUUUCCAAGUGCCUUGGUGGAUUCCUGGGGCUGGUCCUGAAGUCAAGUCUGGAUCUGGUGGAAAGAAUAACCAUCUGAUGCUGCCAAAAACUCUUGAGUGGACUUUAAAUUGGUGCAUACUUCAGAGCAUGUUUGACAGGUAUUCAAGUCUGUCUUUAUCAAAUCAUACUAGGGAACUUGAAUCUAUAAUUGUAGAUUUAUUUGCCUUUUGAAUCUACAAGGCAACUUUAUCAGAUCUUUUGAGGAUUUUUUUCAGUUAUUUACUUUCCUUUUUUGUGCAAGUUCUGGUAUCUGGUACUUAUAAUUUGAUUUUUUGAUUUUAAGUGUUCAUUAUUAUCAAGUUGUAGCGACUAUCAAGUUACAAAUGCGAGGAACACUAAUAUCUUCUCUCCAGCGCAUGUCCAAAACCAAAAUUCCAUGAGAUAGACAUUCAUAGAUUGUGCUGCAUUGUUCACAAAUACAAGGAAUGUAUAUAUCCUCUCUCCAAUGUAUGUCCAUGCCCUUAUUACCUCCUCUGUCCCUGUGUGUGUGUGGGUGGGUGGGGGAGGGGGGGGUGGGGGGUGUUAUGGGAGCCUUACAGCUCGUACUGCCCACAUAGGACUUCAUGGCACCUCCACCUUUGAACUGGGAGCAGCUCUGAACGGCCUACUUCUAAAUUCGCUUAUUGAAGUCAAUGUCAACAACGCCCUGAAAGAGCAUCAAGUGAGGGCAGUAGGGAGGGAGAUAUUCACAAAUUGUUUAGCUCCAACAUCCCAUAACCAACAAACUUUCUCAUGUAGAGCCUCUUAAGUUAGAUUUCGUUGGCCACCUAAAGUUGCAUCUUUCCUUUAUUUUUGAUCUUGCUUGAGUAUAGUAUGUCAAUGUUCAUGCAAAACCCAUACAACAUCAUGUAAAUUGAGAUAUAGUCAUAGAUACAGCAUCACUACUUCAUGCUUAAUAUAUUUAUUCAUUGCAAUAGACACAUCAUCUUCUUGAUUCUUUGUUCCUUUAUGAGAAGUCCAUGACCACGGUCGGCUUAAUUAUUUUUCUAUUAAGUUCCCUGUAAGUAUGGAUUGCUUAUCUCCACCUUUUUUAUCAAUCGUACUGCAUUAUAAUUCUCUUACUUAAGGAAUAGGUUCCAAAAACACAAAUGAAGAACUCUUGCUCGUUGCUGUCAGCCGUACUAAAUUGGUUGGCUUAUUGAUCCACUGUCUUUAUGUCAUUUCCAAAUUUACGACUGGUCUGUAGUUGCUUAUCAUGCAUAUUUUCUCUCCUUUCUCUGCUUCCAGAAGGUUGAAUUUCAAGGUUUCUUUCCUUUGGAAAGUGUUCCCACUGUGAACUGUCUAAAACCAUGUCAUCUCUGGUUAACUACUAGAUAAAAAAAAUCAAUCACUUCUUUCUAAAUGGAUCUAUUCUAAUGUCACAACAACCGGCGAUUUUACUGAGAAUUUUAUUGUUUGUGUAAUUUCAUUGACUUUAGCAUUGCAGGCGUGUUUUCCUUAUGAUUUAUUUUUCUAUCGUCAAAUUGCAAUAAAGUCUAGCCUUAGCAUAUAAGUAUUUCUGAUAGAUGCCAUAUGGUUGCUAAUAUUUUUCUUUUUUGUUAACACUGGGUUUCAUAUUUUGCAGAAACUUUUGUGUCCGGCGUGACUUCAUUGAUAACCCUUCAUCAUUGAGAAAGAGGCUUAUGAUAGUUGGGCUUCUAAUGUUUCUCAUUUCUCCUUUCCUUGUUAUUUUUUCACUGGUAUAUCUCUGUUUAAGGCAUGCUGAGCAGUUCUAUAACCAUCCAAGCACUGCAUCAUCCCGAAGGUGGUCUAACUUGUCAAAGUGGAUUUUUAGGGAGUUCAAUGAGGUAUUCCUUAUUUCCAAAUUACUUAACAAUAGACUGUCUUUUUUGGUUUCACAUACGAACGUUACCUGUAGAUUGUUUGACUAUGAAUGUAAGAAUAUGAGAUUAUUUUUUGUUUGGCAAUGAAUGUGCUUCCCAAGAAAAGAUGCUGUGCUGAUUUCAUUUAUGAGGGAGAGUUUUAUGCAUCUCGCUAAAUUUUGGUCAAAAGGCAAAUCUAUCAUAUUAUUUCCGUUUAGUAACAGAAUUAUACUUUAUCUUUGCACUGAUACAAGGAAAAGAAAACCCAAAGGGUGAAAAAUAUGGAUGACGUACACAGGGAAGUCUGGAGAAUUUUUUUUGUAUGAUUUUAGGAAGUGAAAUAGAAAAGAGAUCUAAGGGCCUAUCUCAGAGAAUGAUCUGCAUUAAUUCAGGGUAUUGACCGCUGUCUCCCGGUUUAUGUUUUUUCUGGUUCUUCCAUAUAUGCAUUUGGGUUGUAAGCAAAACUGUUGGUUGAUGAAUUCCUUACUCAAUUAUCCCUUAACUGGUAACUAGCUUCUAAUUGUUAUUUGUUUCAGCAAUGAAUAGAGAUUCGCUUCCUUUACAGAAAAAAUGGAAGAAAAUGCAUCCAGGGUUUAGAGAAUCCUUUUGAAACCUAAAGGAAUAAAGGGAAGAAUGACGAGCCCACUACAUGCCCGCUGAUCAAAUCAGUCAUCAUUUUCAGACUUCAGGCAUGCCUAUAUCAUCCUACAGAGUUCCUUGAAGGAUCGUGCGUGCAGGAGACAUUUAUUAGAAACCAGAAGAGAUGCACAAGAAGCUACAAAAUUCAUGCUGAGGGCUUCAAAAUGCUACCCAAAGGCCAACCAGGUUUCUGUGGAAAUUUAAAGGGAAUCUACAACUUCUUGAUGUCUAGCUAUAAUUUAAAAAUCGAAAGAUGAGCGAUACAGAUUGGUCCAGCUUUUGUGGAUGAUUCAUGAGCCUUAUUCAAUCAAUCUAGGUUGGAAAAGAUUAAAUACUUUUAGGACUUGACAAGAAUACUAAUUGCAUCACCCUGAUUGCACUCAGCUUCUUUGCAGGACUCGAGUAUAGGCUUAAAGUAAAAAUGAAGCAAGUAUCGACAAAAGUUUUCUUGCUUUUAGAUAAAUUGCAUACCUGGAGAUGAUACAGUGAAUGUAGACGAAAAAAGAUCGUUGAAUACACUAAAAUAUGAAGUGGACUUGGUGCAAAAUACGAAAAAAUGCAAGAGUUUGCAAUAACCCAAAAGAAACAAACAAAAAGAAUGUAGGCAGCAGGAACAGAGAAUGCCUCAUUGAUUAACCUUAAAGUCUGGGAUCAACUACCCGAAAUCUACCUCUUCGUAUGUUUCUUUCAGAGUUUCACCAAACGAUAAAUUAAACCUUCCCACUGAAAUUCCUAUCCCGAGGGUGAUUGUUUAAUGGUGAUAGGGUAAAAGCAGUCAAAUGCCUGCACUGACGGUUGGACUGCUGCACUAUGGUUGACCGCAGAUUGGUGAGAGUGGGGAUGCCCAGAGCCUAUGACAUUAUAAUUCACAGAUGCAUGGGUUGGGCCCCCAGCCAAAGCGAUCAUGCGGGUUGCAUCGAACUGCAUAGAUACAGAGCUAUGCUUCGCUUGUAGCAAUACCGUUAUGCCAAAGUGGGUUGUGGAUUCCUAGAUAAAAUUGCCAUAUUUUCUUGCUUUGAGUUGCGUGUAUGUUUUCAUAAACUAUUCUGCAUGUUCCUCAUUCAUUCAUCACUACUGUGACAGGUUCACUAGAAUAAUCUAUGCUUUUGUUCUCUCUUCUUCUGGACUCCGUUAGUGAUCUUAAUUUCAGUGAUGUGAUCUUUCAAUGAUUGGAGAAAAUGGCGGUAUAUUUUUCCACGUAAUAGAAUAUCACUCAUCUUUUUUAUAUUCUUCCUUACAGGUGGAUCAUUUGUUUAGAUACCGGACCAAUGCUAGUUUACAGCAUGCAUCUGGUUUUCUAAAGCAGUUCCCCUCUCCUAUCAUUUCUCUGGUUGCCAAGUUCAUCUCCUUUGUCUCUGGAGGCUUUGCUGCUGUCCUGAUCAUAAUUGCUUUUCUUGAAGAAUCACUGCUGGAGGGGCAUGUAAAGCACUCAAUCACAUUAUAUUACUCACUUCCUGCAAUGUUUACUGCGUGCACUGACAAUUCAUCUUGAUCGCCAUGUAUACAGAUCUUUGGCCGCAAUUUGUUCUGGUAUGCUGCUGUAUUUGGAACUGUGACUGCGAUCAGUCGAGCUGCUGUGUCCGAUGAGCCCCACGUUAUUGACCCAGAGGGUGCAAUGUCUCUCGUUGUCCAACAUACUCAUUAUAUGCCGAAGAGAUGGCGUGGUAAAGAGAAUACCUAUUCAGUCAGGAGGGAAUUCGAAACCUUAUUUCAGGUAAGAGUAUUUUGUAGACUUCCUGGCUUACUGAAAGUGCCUUUAUAGCCAUUGCAUCAAUUUUCAUUUAUCUAAAUCCUCUAAAGUCAUUAAGUAGUCAAAAUAAUCUUGUUGAUUUCUCCAUUCAUGCAAGAGAUCGUUUGGUUGUCACCCUUGAUUACCUUCACUUAUUCACUGUUAGAAGGUAGUUUGCCCAGCUUUAUAUAUAUAUCGUUGUAUUACACAUAUGUGAUAAGACCUACAGUUCAAUAAAUUACUGCACUAUAAGUCGUGGCAAUCUCCGGUAGAAAUUCAACCGUGUAUAUAAAUGGUUGAUUCCAGGUAUUUCAAUUAAGGCUAUUAUUAUGGAAAUGGAGGCAAAAACGGGCAGAAAAGAUUUGUUUUUUUCCCCCCCUCCUCAUACCUUGAUUGCAAGAUGACAAGAUUUCACGCCAAUAGGCUCGUUCCUGCUGUUCUUGGCAGAGAGUAGGAAAAAAGUGUGUUAAAGAGAUUCCUUGCAUCCAGGGUUUUCAGAAGAACUAUUGCAUCUGGUUUGAGAUAUCUUCAUUCUUUGAUAGCCCGUGAAAAAUGAGACGAAUCAUCCCUCGAAGUUGAGAUCACAGCUCUUGGUUUUUUGCCUCUCAUAAGUAUAUGUUCCCAUUGGCAAUAUUUUCAGACCAUACCCAAUCUUAUAGUUGUGUUUGAUAGGAAAAGAGAGCUGUUUUCUUCACAGUAUGCCGAUCAGAAACCACAAUCCGUUGGAUAGUAAAAUGCAGAUAAAAAAGGAAAUCCGUGCAUACUAGCCUGAGACAGACUUUGACUUUUUUAUGCCAUCUUUGCCCAUCCUUUUUUUUUUCCAACUCAUCAUUUAUAAUCAUUGUCAACGAACUCUCCCCGUGGACUUGCAUACCCUUAAGUAUCAUGUGGGAUUUAUCUCUUCUCCUUUUGCAUAAUUCCCAAUCCUUUCCCUCCCGAUUUAGUAUCAUAAAAAUUAGCGAUAUUUGUGAUACCCAUCGAGGAGUGCCCGAAAUCCAAUGUGAGCGUAAGUCAACUGGAUCCAGGUUUAGAGAGGAGAUAGGAUCCGUGGAAACUCAUAAUUUUUGCUCCGUUUCACGCUACACACAUUCGUUGUUGACACUGAUCUUUAUGAUGAAUGUGUCUCACUAUAAAUCCAGUACACUGGGAUGAUGCUGCUGGAAGAGAUGGUCUCAAUCUUCCUCACUCCAUUCCUGCUAGUAUUCGCUGCACCAAAGGUAUGCAUGCUGAGAGGCUUUUAUUGGUUGACUUUCUGGGUCUAGGUGGAGAAAGUGUCACUGAGAGUUGACUUUCCUGUCAUGAUUUCCACAGAGGGUCGAUGACAUCCUGCGGUUCAUCUCAGACUUCACCGUUCAUGUCGAAGGAGUUGGCCAUGUUUGCAGGUUGAUUUGUAUGUUUGUCUUCCGAAGUGAAGCUGUGGCAUCUCAAUUCAUGUGCCCAGUCUCUGACCACUCUCUCUCUUGGUAUUUAAUUAUAGUUUUAGUACGUUUGACUUCCAACGUCACGGAAACAGCAAAUAUGGUUCUCCAUUCAGUGCUCCGCGUGAGCAGAGGAGUUCCCAAGGGAAGCUGGAGAAAUCGUUCUUGAGGUACUUCUCAGCAAGUCUCCCUCCCUCCUUCAACCUGUUUUGACCUAUUGGCUCAUCUUCUCUCAUUUGUUUCCUAAUUUAACCCUGAAUUCAGCUCUCUCUCUCUCUCUCUCUUCUCUCUCUCCCUCUCUCUCUCUUCUCUCUCCCUCCCUCUCUCUCUUCUCCCUCUCUCCCUCUCUCUCUCUUCUCCCUCUCUCUCUCUCUCUCUCUCCCUCUCUCUCUCCCCCCCUCCCUCCCUCCCUCUCUCUCUCUCGAUCUCUUAAAGGGAAGCAUCACAGUUGUUGGAAUUUCCAUAUUUAAGUCGAUGGUGAUCCUUGUAUCGCUUGUUCUAGUCGCUCAAAAGCUUAUUAUUAUUAUUAUUAUUACAUGCCCGGUGCUUUUAUUGUCGUCAAGAAUUCUUGCUCUGAUCUUUCGAGUUGGUGCUUAUCUGCCCUCACAGUGCCUUCCUGACUUGGGAUCCUCAUUUUCUUCCCCCCACGUAAAAUCCUCUCAUUUUUUCUUAUUAUUAUCAUCAUCAUCAUCAUUGAGAAUCAGACGAGGGAAUCAAGUAAAUCCCACCAGUCAUCAUCGUUUGCGCUUUUAUUAUCAUUAAUAUUUCCUUUUUUAGGUCUGAUUGAACAUCGUUUAUUAAUCUAUUUCCCCACUUCCCUCCCACACGCAGCUUCCAGAACGAGUAUCCUGAGUGGGAACCGGAUGCGCAGGGCCUGCAGCUCCUGGCCACUCUCAGGACCUUCAGCGAAGAACAGCUGCUCUUGCCCUCCUCCUCCGACGAGAUCCCCUGGUUGUACUCCUCGCCAUUUCUCCACCGGCGGCAGCAGCAGCAGCAGCAGCAGCAGCCUUCUUCUUCCCUUAGCUCGAGGGCCCAGUUCCCGAGGGCUCCGAGGGAUCUUCACCAUCUCCUCCUCCACAGGAGAAGAAACUGUGCUGCGGAAGAUCACAGGGCCCUUCCCUGCGUGCUCAACUGGUACUACGUCGCUCGGGCUGAGCAGGGCGGCGCCGCCGGCCCCGCGGCGGCGCCAGAGGAGGAUCUGCCGCCGGAGAGAUUCUGGCCGCCGGAGGAGCUACCCACAUUGGAGGAGGAGGGCCGGCAGCGAUCGCACAUCCACAGCUCUGGCUCCGGCACCAGCUUGUUCUUUCAGCACUGGGACAGCAGCGGCGGCGGCGGCGGUGGCGGUGCCCCCUGGUGGGCGAGGGCCACCGAGGGGGGCUCCGUCCAGGCGAGCUUCAAGGAGCCCUCGAGGUCCCUCUUCCAGAACCCUGCCGCCCGCCGAUCAUUCACCUGGGACGCCGGCGAUGAGGGGCCCACGGUGGCUGGCGGCGGCGACAUGGGCGCCGCACAGCUGAGAGGCUCCGCCGGGCUGUCUAGGACCAGGCUCUUCUCGGACAGCACCCACGAGGAAGAAUUUAACCUUCCCUUCGACAUUGACCCGCCGCCGCUGGGCGGCCUGAGCGGAGACAGCCCGCCGGCGGCGGCAGCGGCGGCGCCGCCCCCCUUGGAGGGGGAGGACUUCUCCCUCAGGGAGCCCCCCCGCCGCCGGGAAGGCCGCAUUCAUAGCUUCUGA